AUGUCCAAUCAACAGACCGUCGACAUCUUCAAACUCAUCAGAGACUCGCCUUCGGCCAUCGCGAUGCAAGAGCCAAUUGAUACAAUUCCAUCGAGCGCUUCCGCAGAACCUGAUUUCUCCACAAACCUCUGGAUCAGCUCAACAGCGCCCAUCGAAUUGCAAGAUUAUUUUCAACCACUCUCCUUGGAUUCUUGGAGGGUAAUACUGUGCAUCUCUCCACAUUCUCGUCGAACAUCAAGAUUGACCCCACCUAACAACGAGCCUUCCCAUCCGCUGAUCGUAAAAAUGCAAGAAGCAAUUCCACCAACUUCACCGGGAUCCUGGAGGACCAUACUACCUAUCUCGCCAUUUCCGCAACACCGCCAAGAGCUUCAACCUCAGCUGUACCCCACACCAUACCGGACCACCACUUCACACUUCCCAAGCCAAGACCAAGCUGGCCAAGAAUGUCUGGAAAUGGAGACAGAAGGCUGCCUAGAGCGUCCUCGAGCUGCGAAUAUGGGACAUGAGGUGGCGGCAAGGCCGGUCGAGUCGCCAAUGGGGCUCCGCAACGAUGGGCAGAGUCGGCAGGGCUUCGCUUGUCGGUCCGAGUCGACUCCGGCGGUCAUGCAUAUGGGGGCGCCCGUUCUUGGCACGGUACCUCUGCUCAUCGCCAGGCCUGCACAACCACAAACAAUGUUUCUCGACCGCUUCUCGUCAAUCGAGUCAUUGAUCGGCGGUCGUGGUAUACUGCAAGAUCUUUCGAAAACUUUCGAACACAGGAAAGCGGCCAUUGCUCAAUAG